AUGGCCAAUGAGAAUCACGGCAGCCCCCGGGAGGAAGCAUCCUUGCUGAGUCACUCCCCAGGCACCUCCAAUCAGAGCCAGCCCUCUUCUCCAAAGCCCAUCCGCCUGGCACAGGACCUCCCAGAGGAGCUGGUACAUGCAGGCUGGGAGAAGUGCUGGAGCAGGAGGGAGAACCGGCCCUACUACUUUAACAGAUUCACCAACCAGUCUCUGUGGGAGAUGCCCGUGCUGGGCCAGCAUGACGUUAUUUCGGACCCUUUGGGGCUGAAUGCGACCCCACUGCCCCAAGACUCAAGCUUGGUGGAAACCCCUCCAGCUGAGAACAAGUCCCGAAAGCGGCAGCUCUCAGAAGAGCAGCCAAGCGGCAAUGGUGUGAAGAAGCCCAAGAUCGAAAUCCCUGUGACACCCACAGGUCCAUCGGUGCCCAGUUCCCCCAGCAUCCCAGGAACCCCAACACUGAAGAUUUGGGGAACAUCCCCUGAAGAUAAACAGCAGGCAGCUCUCCUCCGACCCACUGAGGUGUACUGGGAUCUAGAUAUCCAGACCAACGCUGUCAUCAAGCACCGGGGCCCUUCCGAGGUGCUGCCCCCCCAUCCUGAGGUGGAGCUGCUCCGCUCCCAGCUCAUCCUGAAGCUUCGGCAGCACUACCGGGAGCUGUGCCAGCAGCGAGAAGGCAUUGAGCCCCCUCGGGAAUCUUUCAACCGCUGGAUGCUGGAACGCAAGGUGGUGGACAAAGGCUCUGACCCCAUGUUGCCAAGCAACUGUGAGCCAGUUGUGUCGCCUUCCAUGUUUCGUGAAAUCAUGAAUGACAUUCCCAUCAGGUUAUCCCGAAUCAAGUUCCGGGAGGAAGCUAAGCGCCUGCUUUUUAAAUACGCAGAGGCGGCCAGGCGGCUCAUCGAGUCCAGGAGUGCAUCCCCUGACAGCAGGAAGGUGGUCAAGUGGAACGUGGAGGACACCUUCAGCUGGCUGCGGAAGGACCACUCAGCCUCCAAAGAGGACUACAUGGAUCGCCUGGAACAUCUGCGCAAACAGUGUGGCCCCCAUGUCUCGGCCGCGGCCAAGGACUCUGUGGAAGGCAUCUGCAGUAAGAUCUACCAUAUUUCCCUGGAUUACGUCAAACGGAUCCGAGAGAAGCACCUUGCCAUCCUCAAGGAAAACAACAUCCCAGAGGAGGUGGAGACCCCAGAGGUGGAGCCCCGCCUGGUGUACUGCUACCCAGUACGGCUAGCUGUGCCUGCGCCCCCCAUGCCUACCGUGGAGAUGCACAUAGAGAAUAACGUGGUCUGCAUCCGAUAUAAGGGAGAGAUGGUCAAGGUCAGCCGCAACUACUUCAGUAAGCUGUGGCUCCUUUACCGUUAUAGCUGCAUUGAUGACUCUGCCUUUGAGAAGUUUCUGCCCCGAGUCUGGUGUCUUCUCCGACGGUACCAGAUGAUGUUUGGCGUAGGCCUCUACGAGGGGACAGGCUUGCAGGGAUCGCUGCCCGUACACGUCUUCGAGGCCCUCCACCGACUCUUCAGUGUCACCUUUGAGUGUUUUGCCUCACCCCUCAACUGCUACUUCCGCCAGUACUGCUCUGCUUUCCCUGACACAGAUGGCUAUUUUGGCUCCCGCGGGCCCUGCCUGGACUUCUCCCCGCUGAGUGGUUCCUUUGAGGCCAACCCUCCAUUCUGCGAGGAGCUCAUGGAUGCCAUGGUCUCUCAUUUCGAGAAACUGCUCGAGAGCUCACCAGAGCCCCUGUCCUUCAUCGUGUUCAUCCCUGAGUGGCGGGAACCCCCAACACCGGCGCUCACCCGCAUGGAACAGAGCCGCUUCAAACGCCACCAGCUGGUCCUGCCCGCCUUUGAACAUGAGUACCGCAGUGGGUCCCAACACGUCUGCAAGAAGGAAGAAAUGCACUACAAGGUGGUCCACAACACAGCCGUGCUCUUCCUGCAGAACGACCCUGGCUUUGCCAAGUGGGGGCCAACUGCUGAGAAGCUGCAAGAGCUGACCACCGCCUACCGGCAGUCAGGCCGCAGCCAUGGCUCCAGCUCUUCCUCCUCAUCCUCCUCGGAGGCUAAGGACCGGGACUCAGGCCGAGAGGAGGGCCCGAGCCGAGAGUCUCACCCCACCUAA